AGUGAGGCGAGCGAGGCUGGCAACGCUGGUGCCGGCAACUUCUUGGGAAGAUGGCAGCCGAAGCCUCCGUGGAGUUCCCGAUCUGGGCGCUGUUGCCUAAGAAAGAGACAUGCGUGCCGGUGUUUCUGGGCAAGUACCCCGAGUACGACGGCCGGGGCAUCAAGAUAGCCAUCCUCGACUCGGGCAUCGACCCUGGUGCACCGGGAUUGCAGGUGACCAGCGAUGGGAAACCAAAGAUUGUGGACAUGAUGGAUGCCUCUGGUGCGGGUGAUGUGGACACCUCCAAGGUGGUGGAGGUGCAGGACGGCUUCAUCACUGGUCUGUCAGGCCGUAAGCUGAAGAUUCCCGAGUCGUGGAGCAACCCCAGCGGAAAGUUUCAUGUGGGGAUCAAGUGUGCCCAUGAGCUCUACCCAAAGUGCCUCAAGGAGCGGGUUCAGAAGGCAUACAAGGAGCGUGAAUGGUCCCCUUCCCAUGGUCCUGCUCAAGCCAAGGCUUCCAGGAACUUGCAGGAGCUGGAAGCAAGCCAGGGCACGAACACUUCGCAGCUUAACCUGGAACAGCGGCUAGAGCGUGAAGAAAGAGAAGCUCAGGUGGAGGUGUUGGCCAGCCUGGAGAAAAAGUUUGAAGACCAAGGGCCAGUCUAUGACUGUGUUGUUUUCCACGACGGGGCCACUUGGAGGGCAGUCAUCGACACUUCACAACAGGGUGACCUCGCUAGCUGUGCACUACUGGGCAACUACAGCGAGACACUGCAGUUUGCCACCCUUACCAAGGAAGACUGCCUCAACUACGCCGUCAACAUACAUGAUGAGGGGAACCUGUUGGAGAUUGUGGGCAACUGCUCCACACACGGCACCCAUGUGGCAUGCAUUGCUGCGGCAUGCUUUCCAAACUGCCCCGAGCGCAACGGUGUGGCGCCUGGUGCACAGCUGGUCAGUGUGGCCAUCGGAGACCUGCGGCUAGGCUCCAUGGAGACUGGUAGUGCACUAGUCCGGGCCAUGGUGCGUGUGCUCCAGCAGGGCUGCCACCUCAUCAACAUGAGCUACGGCGAGCAUGCUCACUGGAUCGGGGGGCGACUGAUGGAGCUGAUGCAUGAGGUGAUUGACCGGCAUGGAGUGGUAAUGCUCAACAGCGCAGGCAAUCAUGGCCCUGCACUUUCCACAGUCAAUGCGCCAGGCACCAUGCCCACUUCCUCUAUUAUUGCGGUUGGAGCUUACGUCUCGCCAGACAUGAUGCUGGCCGAGUACUCUCUGCGGGAGAAGAUGCCUGGCCUGGGGUACACGUGGACCUCCCGGGGGCCCUCCCCAGAUGGUGACCUAGGCGUGAGUGUGUGUGCCCCCGGUGGCGCCAUUACCUCGGUGGCCAGCUGGACCCUCAAGGGCAGCCAACUCCUCAAUGGCACCUCCAUGAGCUCCCCACAUGCAGCUGGCGUCGUAGCACUCUUGCUCUCGGGACUGGUGGCCCGUGGGCUGCCAUAUUCACCGUACAGCGUGCGUCGGGCCCUUGAGAACAGUGCCCAGCCAACACAGGAUCCCUUCAGCAUGGGACACGGCCUACUACAGGUGGACCGUGCAUUUGAGCACCUCCUCCAACAUGGCCAGUGCACCGAGCGCCAGUUCAGGUUUCGAGUGAGUUGUGGGCCCAACCGCCGUGGUCUGUACCUGCGGGAGCCCCAACAGUCUGCCAAACCUAGUGUCCACACAGUCACCAUUGAGCCUAUUCUCCUCAAUGAGGAGCGAGCUGACCCCCUGGACAAAAUUGGCUUCGAGCUCAACUUGAGCCUGGUGUGUGACGCAGCCUGGGUGUCGACUCCUGCACUGCUCAAUAUGACUUACACCUCGCGCACAAUCUCUCUUCGGUUAGACCCCUGCGGUCUUGCUCCAGGGGCCUACUACACGGCGGUCAAGGCAUUUGACGUCACUUGUCCAGAAAAAGGCCCAGUCUUUGAGAUUCCGAUCAGCGUUAUCAAACCCAAGCCCAUCACGAAGGAGGAUGGCUACCAGUGGUGUAUUGAGAAACUGACCUUGCAUCCCGGUGUGUCGCACCGAGAGUUCUUCAUCGUUCCUCUGGGGGCCACCUGGGCAUGCAUUCAGCUCAAGUCUCGGGACCCUACAAAUGUGGCCCAUGUGGUUGUGCAUGCCAUGCAGCUGCGGCCAAUGUACUCCUGUGAGACGGCAGAGUUCCAGAAGACGUGCAUGCUGCCCCCAUCAGCCGAGGCAUCGCACGCCUUCUCUGUCAUAGGUGGCCUGACUCUGGAGUUGUGCCUUGCGAAGUGGUGGACCAACCUUGGCGAUGUGGAUGUAGACUGCACACUCACUUUCUAUGGACUUCAGCCCAAUCCCAGUCGUUUGGUCAUGCGUUCCUCAGAGGGAGUGUACCGCUUCGAUGUGACCUCCCAGCUGCGGCCAGAGGAAGUCUCUCCCGCGGCCUCCCUCAAACAGCACGUCAUUGUUCUCCGGCCUGCAGAGUCAAAGGUGCGGCCACUGGGUGCUCGGGAUGUGAUUCCCGACGGGAGAGUCAUCUACGAGAUCCAGCUCACAUACAAUUUUGCCCUGAGCAAAGCAACAGAGGUGACACCUAGCUUCAGCCUGCUAUCGGAAUUGCUCUACGAGUCUGAAUAUGAGUCCCAGCUGUGGAUGAUCUUCGACAACAACAAACAGCUGCUUGCUUCUGGAGAUGCCUACCCUGGACGGUACUCGACCAAGCUGGAGAAGGGGGACUAUGUGCUGCGGGUGCAUGUGCGACACGAGCAGAGUGCCCUGGUUGAGCGACUCUCGGAUAUGCCACUGGAGCUGUCGCACAAGCUGCCCAGUGCCAUUGCCCUGGAUGCCUACCGGUCCCAGGGGCAGGCCAUGAUCGCCUCGGCCAAGAAGUUUGCACCCCUCAUGACUCGACCUGGUGCGCAGGUGCCCGUCUACCUGGCUCCUCUGCCCAGCGACAAACUCCCCAAAGGAUCCAGUGCAGGACAUUUCCUCACAGGCACACUCUCUGUCACCAAGGAUGAGCAGGGCAAGAAAGUGGCGCUGUUCCCACUGGUGUACCACAUUGGGGAGAUGCCCAAAAAGAACUCAUGUGCAUCUUUGUCGGCUAAAAACUCAUCUGAAGAAAAGGACCUUGACCAAGAGUUCCGUGAUGCUCUAAGGGACCUCAGCAUCACCUGGCUCACCAAGCUGCAAGGAAAGUCUGCAACCAGCCUCUUCGAAGACCUGAAGGAGAAGAAUGCCAAGCAUGUGCCACUGUUGCUUGCACGGAUCCAGUCACUUGACACUGACAAGGAGCGCAGCCGCUACCUUUCGGAUAUUGUGGCUCUGGCAGAUGAAGCCUUGGCAGCCAUCGACACACUUGAGCUGCUGGCUGCACUGGGCACACGCACCGACAAGAAGGACAACAACAACAACAAGCAGCAGGAGAAGCAGAAGGCGCAAACGGUGGAGGCUCUGACGCGCAAGGGUGCUGCCCUGUGCGAGAUCUUCCUCAUGCGACAGGAGGCUGGCCGAGGCUCCGGUGAUGGACAGCCUGCCAGCCCCCCCCCUGCUGGGUCGCCUCAGCCAGCCACUGACAGUGCCAGCUCAGAUGCACCACAGUCCACCGCAGCAGUCACCACGACAGAUGACCAAGGCCCUACAGUGGCCGACCUCAACCGUGUCUACGCAGAACUGCUCAAGUGGGCUGACCCUAGCGACCCCAAGGUGGCGCCAUUUGUGGAGAAGCAUGCCCUUGCGCUGGGUCACCAUGGUCGGGCAGCUCGGGUCUUGUUGCGCCUUCUCGAGGACAAACCAAGCCAGGAUCUCGAGCGUCGCCUGCUGCAGGUGUACCACUUGCUAGGAUGGGAGCACUGUAGUCGACAUCUGGAGCGCAGCUUGCUGGUCCGCUACCCGCCAUCCUACAGACUCUUCUGAACUCCUCUUCCCUUUUUCUGUUGUCUCGUGGCACAUUCAAGCGAAUUAAAAAUGACGAAA